UGGCUACAUUUGUAUCGCAAAGAUUGCAGCUUCAGCAAUUGCCAAGCAUAUUCUCUGGAGAUGGAGAAGAGCGUCACGCCGCGGGACUCGCCGCCCCGAACGACCAAGCUCGACAACAACGCUGACUCCAGCCACACCUCGCCGCCUCCUCACGCACACACCUUCGGGUAUACAGGAACGCACGUCGUAGCGAACCUCCGACGCGGCUGGAGACCGGAAUCAGACGGUGGAAGACACGAUUCUCCACUUUUCAGCAGACACCGCAAGCGUCCGUCUUCUUCGUCCAUAGACAGCAACAGGCGUAGAGAGAGCGAGACUUCAACUGUCACAGUCAAUGGCGAGCAACAGGAGACCAAAGCUCAGCAGGCGUUGCCCUCUAUUAAGCCAGAUGUGACUGCAGCCCUUCCACCCGCUCUGGUUACUGCAAUUAACGCUGAAAAACUAUCAGUGCAACCCCCUCGAACUCCACAGGGACAGCCAACCUAUACGACGUUCGAUGACGGGGGUCUCAGUGCCGCUCAGCGCGUGAGGAUGGAGCUAUCUGGUAGUCGAGCUGGCUCGGGCUCUCGAGCAAACAGUUCGGAGGACAUCUUUGUGUCCAACUCGCCCGUGUUCGACGAGAAGAAGAGCGGGCCGAGAUCUUGUCCGUCGAGUUAUAAGGACGUUGGUGGGAAAAGGGCCAGGUUAUCGCCAGGUAAAGGACGACAGGUGCGGAGUGGGGAACUGAUCGUGUCCAAGUUGCUGCCGACGCGUGACAAUGUCAAUAGCUUGUUGACGUACCUACAUGAACUGCAGAUAUCGGAGGCCAGUCUGCGCAAACAAUUGAUGACAACGAAGCAACAUACCGAAGAAGAAUUGUACCAGUCACUGACGAAGCUUAAUGAACUGCAACGCACUAUGCAGAAAGUUGAGAGGGAUCGACAGAUUGCUGAACAGAGACUGGAAGAGAAGGAGCAGCGCAUUCGUGAACUUGCAGCCAAGCUAAAGAAGGCCGAGACGACUCAAGCAAGACUCAGUCCUGCCCGCGGUAGUGGCUCACCCAGUCAUGAACUGGUGGAGCAAACAGCGUCAAUGGAACUGCAAACUCCUUCUCAGAAUGCAAAGGUGCCGGGGCCUCCUACUGAAGAAUCCCCGGCUCUCAUAUUGGAAGCGCUUCAUCUUUCUACACAAACAAGUCACGUUGCAGCGUCUUCUUUGCGUCCACCUCAACUCCAGUCGAUUAAGGACGAGACCGCUCAGUUUGCAGUUUUAUCGCCGGGAUCACCGAAUCGACCACUUUGGGAUCCAUGGGCAUCGGGUGGUGCAACCCCAAUGAAGGACUUACCUCCCGUCUUCACGAUAGGAUCAACAGAACUACACCCUGUGGUGACUUCACCCGCGUCAACUGGAGAGCCAACCACGAACAAAGUCGACGAUUUCGAGUUGAGAUCAGUACUGAUGUCCCCGCGCGGAGCACAAGAUGAAGAUGAAGCCACCGAAAGUGUCCAUCCAACUCCACAAACAGAUGAGCAGUACGUGUCUCCAGGUCUGCUGAUCGAGCAGGAGGAGAGUACAUUGAUUGAACCACAGCACCAUCCAUCGCCAUUAAGGCGACCAUCGCCUUAUCCGCAGCAACAAGGCGUCAUUCCGAUGGACGCACAGGUUGGAAAGUAUGGAGUAGAGCUGCAAGAAGAGAUAUCGCUUACCGAUUUUUCGCCGCAAAUCGAUUCGUUGCUGCACGUUGGAGCAAUGCCUCCAAUCCAUGAGAGUCCAUUGGAGCAGCAGGAGGAGAAUGUCGAUAAACUAGACAGCGCUGUUGAGGAGGCUGACCUGAAGAAUAAUGGCAUGACUCCUCCUACUCCUCCAAAUUUUGCCGAACCAUCUACUACCCCACCACCGAAACCUAUGGUUGAAAAUACUGCUUCGGAGGUAGGCACGCUCCACAGUGAAAGUGUACAAGUUACUCAAUCUGAACAAGCGUGGACUGAUGAGGCCGAAAAUACUGGUAUUAGUAUGCCCAGCAUCCCACUAUUGAGUCCUCCUCCCCCGCCUCCCUCGAUGCCGGAUUCGCCAGCUCAAAAAGAGAGCAAGGACAAGGAUGCAGAGCCAGCCUCGUUGGAGACAUUGCUGAUUGAUUUCUUCACGGAGGCAGACAAGAAACGCCUGAAGAUGGCAAAGGUGUACGGAAAGAGAUACGCGGGCCGUGAGAAGUGGCUGUUCGCUGAGCUCACGAAGCGAUACGGCGCAGAUAAAGUGGCUGCAUUGAAGGCUCGAUAUGAAGAUGGCAUUGCUACUACUACGACCAACACCAGCAGUGACAGAAACGGUAAGCAGGACGACCACGUUACCAAGUCGCCUGAUACCAUUUCGAAGGCCGGGCGUCAAGGCCACCCACGCCAUUUACACUUCUUCCAUCCACCGACGCCUGCUAACAGCGUGGGCCUUGGUGCUGAUAUCCCACUCGUUCCCACUCCGAAUGCUCCUUCCAAGGAAAACAAUUCGCCAAACUCUCAGCGAGGCCAGAUACUAGAAGGAGUUGGAGCCCCUCCGAGCCUGAGAGGAAAGACAUCUACGGAUCGCGCGGUUCGUGAGUCACCUCAUCAGCUUCAUUCCGUUAGCAACACCACUCCUGUCGCUGACCCUCCUCCACCGUUCCCAACUACACAAACGAUUGAUGAGACGGACAGUGCGGCUACAGCUAACGCCGGUCCGUCGAUGACGAGUAGACCUCCUCCUCUGGUUCAUCAGGAAAAACCAGCCAGUUCAUUCAACCAACCUCAGCCUCCCUCCUUUCAACGUGGAAUGGAAUUGUACAAGAAUCAUCAACCUGACAAGCUGAAAAACGUCCCGGUUGUCGCCAAACAGUACGCAGGCAAAGAACGUGAGCUUGUCGGGUUAUUGAAGGGCAAGUAUGGAGCACUGAGCGUGAAGCGGCUGGAAGAAAACCUGGAGGUAUUGGAGCGUACUCACCGGAACCGUGGUGGCAAGAGUGCCGCCAAGAAGCGGGGCUGCUUCAUGCUCACGGUCUCGCUGAUGUUUUGGCUGUGGGUGCUGCUGUACUUCUCGUUCGGUGCUGUUUUUGUGAGCUUCGUCGUAUUGAAUGCGUGGGAGUGCCGUGCUCUUGACAACGAUGAACAAGAGCUCGAAUCAUCGGAAGAGUGUGUUCCCUUGAAGAAGGAGCUAGAGACGUUUACGUACGAGCGUGUUGCUGAUUACAUGAGUCAGAGUCACCCGGAUGCUUGCUUUUGUUCGGAAUGGAAGGCUCGCGAGAAUGCAUUGUUCACGAACUUGUCGGGUGACGAUCUCCUAAACCUAGUGAGACUGGUGCCAUUUUCUCCGGACUUGUUUGGCUCAGCUUGGAUUGCGACUGUGAAGGAGCAGGUUCCGUCGCAGGAGUCGUACGACAACUACGCGAAGCCUGUGGUGGAUCUGUCGCUGGAUGUUGGUUCGUUCGUGUGGUCUUCUGUUCUCGAGCUGACAAGAUACGACGAGGCGUCUGAAGAGAAAUCUCCGAUCGUGGAAGAGGACAUCGCUGAUAUCCCGUCUUUGAACGAAGAAAGUGAAAGCAAUGCGCACACGGACUCGCCGGACCGAGCGGCUGAUGAGAUGGAAAAAGAGAUGGAAAACGAAAGCUUUGUCAACGAAGUCGACUCUGACGACCAUUUGCCUCAGAUUAAUCUUGUUGACCAUUUGACGGACGAAACUGAAAGAAAUAUACCGCCGGAUCAACCUCGUAUGGAGGAGGAAAGAAUUAAGUCUGAGGGCGAACUUCAGGUUGGCGAGGUUUAUGUCACUGUGAAGGAGGAUACGUCGGAGGAGGUUCUUGUUGAGGAAGGUAUUUUCUCUUUUCCUCCUGAAGCAGAGGACGAACAGUUUCGAACGGUGGGAUCACCUGAUGCGGUGGAGUCUGAGAAUAUUCAAUCCGUGAAAGAACUCCCGGUAUCGGCUGAAGUUUAUGAGAUGGAAAAGACUGAAAUGGUCGAAAGUCUGGCGAAGGACGGCUCUGUUGUCGUCCCUGGUGAGGAAACUGAGUCCAUUAAUGGUGACGAUGAUGAGACUUCGUUUUCUACCGAGGCUAAAGUGAUUUAUAGCACGGAUCAUGUUGCUCACGAUUUGUCGGACGCCGCUGUGGAAGAAUUGUCAGUCGAAGAGAGUGCUGCAGAAUCAGACGACAUUGUGGAGAUUGACGUUGUUCAGGACGCUGAAGAUUUGUCUUAUGUUGAGGCUGAGACGGUGGCGGGUACGACCGAAAAAGAACUGACUGCUAAGCCCACUGAGGGAUACUCUUCCUUUGUUCUUGAGGGAGAGUCUCAUCCGGUAGCGGAUAUUGGAGAAGGCUUAUCAUCUGAUUUCAGUGAGGCAGAACCGGAGAUGAUUGUCGAGUCGGAGAGUGUUGCUGUAGAUUCGCUGGAGGAUUCUGAGUCAGGGACUGAUCCAGCUGAAGUGGCUUUGACAACUUCUAGUCCUGCUGACGCCGUUGUUGAAGCGACGUCAGAUGUGAACAUUUCCAGUGAUGCGUUUGAUGGCGGGAGUAAGAAUACUGAAGAAGAAUUGGUUUGCUCUGACGAAUUUGAAGACGAUGCUGCACGAAGGGAAUCGGACACUGUAUCAGUAGAUGUUCCUAACGAAUUGUCGAUUCCUGCUGAUAUCGAUGAGAUGCCGGUUCUGAAGUCGAAAAGUGGGGAGGAGGAUGUUUCCAUUACGUUGAGUGAAGAAGUUGAGAUCGAUACAGAACAGAACGAACAUGGCGCUGUGAUCGAAGUCGAAUCAGAAACGGCGAAUGACGAGGUGGAGAUGGUCGUUUUAAAAGAAGAUCCUGCCAGUAUUGCCGUGGAAGAAGAGCUCAUGGCGGGGUUGAGUUUUGAGCUGCCUUCCAACUCAAACGACGUUGACACUGCAGAGCGCCAAUCUGAGGAGAGCGAUGAGCUCGGACCGACUAUUCCUGCUGAGGCUGAUGCAUCAGUUCCUAGGUUGGCAGAAGGUGUUGGCGGAGUUGUUGAUGACGCUGCGGAGGAGCUCGUGGAAGUGCACGAUAAUGAGCCUUAUAAACAAAAGGAAAACAUUCAAGAGGUGCCAUCUCUUUCUGCCGACAUGAAGCCGGUUGCAGUAGAGGAAUCUGGAGAAUUGACUCCUCCUUUCGAUCCUGAAGCGGGGAACCUGGAAGGCGAUGUCGACGGGGAGGCCACAGUGAAUGACGACACUGAAUCGAGUACUCUCAGUGCACUUGAAGUGGAGCAGUAUGUGCCUGAGGCUGACAUGGUCAACGAACUUGGUGAGGUACCACCAUCGCUUGAAGAAGGUAUCGAUACGGUCGAACCUAUUGAAGAUGUCGGUGGAUCUGUUUUGGAUGAAGAGGUUAGUUUUAUAUCUGAUACUCCUGUACCCAACUCUGAUGAUAGUGACGAUAUCGAGGAGGAAGAAGAGAUCGCAUUCAUGGAAGACCUCGAAGACCCAGAGGAAGUGCUCCGAAUGGCUGAACUCGCUGCCGCUGCUGCUGAGUUUUCGACGAUGGAAUCGAGAUAGCAGGCUUUCUUAUGCAGAGUAGAAUGUAUAUACAUGGACAUCGGGAAUCCCUGCACUGCGAUGGACUUCACGCCGUCUUAUGGCUGUGACUUACUACGUGUUGACAAUGGAUCGCCAGAAUGCAUCCGUACGAACCAGUUUUGUAACAAUAACCAAGUUUCAUCUUUCUUUCACUCUAGAACUUGAUUAGCUCCACUCCUUCCUUCUGUUCUCCACUUGUUGCUUCUGAGCUCCACGAGCAGUUUGU